AAAUUGGGUCUCAUCAUUUUCCCUUCUUCUUCUUCUUCUUCUUCUUCUUCCUCUACUUCACCUCUCGAAAGAAAAGAGAAAAAAAAAUUCAGACCGUUUUGUUUUUAAUCUUUUCGCUGACCACAGCUCUGAAUCCAAAUUCAUCAUUACAACACGACGAAACUGCUACCUAAGAAAAUGAAACCCAACGAAAAAGAUUGCUUCAAUCGCCAUUAAUUCCCUCUUUCUCUCCCACGUACCUCUUCCUCCCAACAAACAAACAAACUGGAUGUGGCUCUGCCUUUCCCUUUUCUCAUUUCCGCCAUGGCUGCUCCUUCACCCACUUCCUUCAUUUCUUCUUCCCAUUUCACGCCGAUUCAAGAAUGCGACAGAGAAGAGCGGGAGGAUACCUCAGCCGCCGCCGGUGGAUGUACGGACCUGGGAACUAGUCCGAAGCUUUACCCGACGCCCUUGAAUCGGAACAUGAAUGGGAAAUCACAGACGGUUAAGAAACGGUCCGAGUCGGAGUCUGAUUCUGUCUCCAGUUCUGACGGGCCGGUGUCGUGUAACCGGUGUCGUCCUCACGCAAGGGAGAAGAUCUCUGUCGUUCCUUUGGAUAACAGCAAUGGUGUUAAUAAACAAACGUAUUUCUCCAUGGCGAGUCCUAAUGGUAUUUUCAAAUCGCUAAUUUCUUCGUUAACGCGUAAGAGUCCGAAAUCGAUUAAUGAGUCUUCGGCUCUCACGGCUCGAGAGGAGCAAUGGAGAGCUGCCGUGACGGAGUUGUCGCAGAAGCUAGUUCAGGCGACAAGGAAGAGAGAUGAGGCUGUUAUGGAAGCUUCUAGAUUAAAAUACGCCAUGGCUGAACUGGAGAAAAAACUGGACAAACUCGAGACGUAUUGCCAUAGUUUGAAAUCCGGGAUCGAAGAAUGUAGCGGUAAUUCGCCUUGCCAAAUUGGGAAGUAUAAUCAAAUCCAGAGUUUUCAACAGAGUAAUCAGAAGCAAGUAAUAGAACAUUUCUUAGUUUCGGUAUCGGAAUCUCGAUCUUCGAUUCGUCUUCUUAGUCGUUCACUGACUCUGCAACUCCGUCACGUCGGAGCCAAAGUAUACGAACGAAUUUCCCUUCUUCUUCAACCUUACGAUAUCAAAAUCUCAUUCUCCAAAAACCCUAGAAGCAUGCUUUUCUACCUUGAAGCUCUACUCAACCAAGCAUUCUUCGAGGAUUUCGAAUCAAUUGGAUUUCAAAAGAACGCAUCGACUCAAGUUCUAAAUCCAAUCGAAAGAUGCGAAGCGAAUUUCGAAUGUUUCAAUUUUCUCCAUGAAUUAACCUGGGAGGAGGUUCUAAGCAAAGGCACAAAGCAUUUCAGCGAGGAUUUCAGCCGGUUUUGCGACCGGAAAAUGAGCGAGAUCGUGGCGAUGCUGGGAUGGAACAGAGCCUGGCCGGAGCCGCUGCUGCAGGCGUUCUUCAGCGCGUCGAAGAGCGUGUGGCUUCUGCACCUAUUAGCAAACUCCGUACAUCCAAAUCUGCCAAUUUUCAGAGUGGAGAAAGAAGCCGAUUUCGAUUCCGUUUACAUGGAGGACAUGGGCGGCGAUAAGGCAAGAAAGCUGAUACCGUCGUUGGUCAGAAUAAUGAUUUCCCCUGGUUUCUAUGUUUACGGCAGUGUAGUUAAAUGCAAGGUGUUGUGCAGGUAUAACGCCGCGGCCGCCUCCGCCGUAACCGCCCCCGUAUUGUCACCGUAAUCUAGGGGAGAAGAAAAAAAAAAAAAAAACAGAAUUUAUCGCUCAUUUUGUUUUGUUUUUGGUUUUAUCCAUUAGUUUAGGAGUGAUUGAAUUUUGGUAUAAUGAAAGUAGAAUUUUAGGAUUAUUACUUAUUAGCGGUGUGGGGUUUGCUAAUUUAGUGUUUGAAUAAUAAUAAUAAUAAUAACAAUAAAGUUUGAAGAGGAACAAA